AUUACUUUGUAUUUUUAUUUUCUCUACUCCCGCAACUUCGAUUUGUUAAAAUAUUUAAAUAUGUUAUCGUCUAUUGUAAAAGAUCACCAAAACAAGCAAGCUAUUAGAAAAGAAAAGCAAGAACAAAAACGUAAAGAAGCUAUACAAUCUGCGAAUAAUUUAACUCAAGCUUUAGUAGAUCAUUUAAACGUUGGGGUAGCACAGGCUUAUUUGAAUCAAAAGAAACUUGAUGCAGAAGCUAAGCAAUUACAAACUAGCGCAACAAAUUUUGCAAAACAAACGCAAUCUUGGCUCCAUUUGGUCGAGUCAUUUUCUGGGGCUUUAAAAGAAAUUGGUGAUGUUGAAAACUGGGCAAGAAGUAUAGAAGGUGAUAUGAGAACAAUUGCCACUGCUUUAGAAUAUUCCUAUAAAGCAACACAAGAAACAGCAUCUUCUUCCACUGCAUGAAUUUUUUUUUAUUUAAAAAUUUUUCUUUUACAAGUAUAUCAA